AUGACGUCAGCAUGUUUUGCAAGAGCUCUCGCUGCCUUCCCGGGCUGCAGUAACAACAUACUUACAUUGUUCAGUCUCUCAUUUCCCUUCCUUUUAGAAUAUGCAGCAAUAAACUCCAUGCUGGACCAGAUCAACUCCUGCUUGGAUCACCUGGAGGAGAAGAACGAUUAUCUACAUGCCUGCUUGAAAGAACUGCUGGAGUCCAACCGCCAGACCCGCCUAGAGUUCCAGCAGCAGAGUGAGCAGCAGAACACGGAAGCUGAUGUGCAGGGAUCCCAGCCUCCCAUCUAG